UUGUCCUGUUGGAAGCAGUACAUUUCGACGCAACUCCUCGAGAGGAAUCGGAGUGAGCGUAUUUCCUGCCCGACACUCAACUGUCAGCACAUUCUCUCCGACGAGGGCGUCUUCAAACUGGCUUGCGAUGACGCCCACCUCACGCAGGCAUUCCGGCGACUGGUCACCAACAACUUCGUGCAGAACCACCGUCAUUUGACCUGGUGCCCAGGCGCCAACUGCGACCACGCCGCUCGGCUGCCGGCCGGUUGUCUGGUCGAGCCGCGUCUGGCCAUUUGUCCCCUCUGCUCGGAGCGCUUUUGCUCGGCCUGCGGCGAGGCCUGGCACGAGCCGAUCACCUGCGACCUGUUGCGUCAAUGGCACUCUCGGAUUUAUGACGGCACCAGCAGCAACGCCUGGAUUUUGCUAAACACUCAGGCCUGUCCCAAGUGCCAUGUGAAGAUAGAGAAGAACGGCGGUUGCAACCAUAUGGUCUGCCAAACGUCGUCUUGUCAGUACAGCUUCUGUUGGAUCUGUUUGAAAGAGUGGGAUUUGGGCUGUGGUGGCUGUCCGGACAAAACUGUACAAUUCAACUUUCCCGAAAUGAAGAUUUACAUGAACUAUUUCAAGGCAUACACAAAGCAGGCGGAUUUGUUGAAGGAGGAGUUGAAACUGGUAGAUUGCCUCCAGGAGCAGAGACCUGAUAUGCUCGAGCAGAGAUUCGGCAGUGCCAAUAAAGAUCUCCUUCAGCAGAUUUUUCUUACACUCCUCUGCUGUAGGCGUACCCUCAUGUACACACACGCAUUUUCGUACUUCUUGAAAAAGGACAACGUUUCCGAAAUCUUCGAAUUGAACCUGACCAGCUUGGAGCUUGGUCUUGACAAACUGGCAUUCUUCCUGCACGAUGAAUAUAACGUCUCGUUUUCCAAUAUUUACCUACAGAAUAUACGGGACCAAAUCAAGUUCUGUGAGCUGCGGCGACAGAUCCUGAUCGCCUACGUGAAAGAGGGCUAUGACGUUGGGAUGUGGAAAUUCCAGUAUGCUCAUUGA